UUUUUUUUUUGGAUCAUAGUCUUCCAAUCAUAUUGCAAGCAAAUUACCUACUCUAAGAGACUAGCUUGUUGACCGGAAGUGAAUUUACAAUAUUCCUCAAUAAUUGGCCGGGCAUCAUACUUAAAUCCAGUUCAGAAGAUGCUUCACUGUAUCAUCACAUUCUUGUCUGUGUAAAGUAUUCAACAUUUGAAGAGAGAGAGAGAGAGAGAGAGAGAGAGAGAGAGAGAGAGAGAAGUUGUGGGAGGGAAUGGAGGAAUAGCUCUAUGAUGCAGCAAUGAGAGGGGAUUUGGAAUCGCUACAUGAAAUAAUUGCAAAGGAUAAUUACAUUCUGGAUAAAGUUUUGGUGGGAUGUUUCAAAGGGAAAAAUCCGCUUCAUGUGGCUAUAUCAACAGGGCAAGCAGAGUUUGCUCUAAAACUUCUAGAAAUUAAACCAAAGCUUGCUGAAGUUAUAGAUACAGAACUAGGCACGGCUCUUCACAUAGCAUCUGCUAAUGGGGACGUAAAGAUUGUGGAAGCUUUAGCGAAGCUCAGCCCUGAGAUGUGCAUGGCUCGUGAUCGAGAUGGUUAUAACCCUCUUCAUAUUGCUGCAAUGAAAGGUAAGGUCGAUGUAUUGAAAAAGUUGGUUCAAACCCGCCCCUGCGCAGCUCAAGUUAUUGUAGAUCGAGGCGACACCAUUUUGCACUUAUGUGUAAACUAUAAUCAACUUGAAAGUCUGCAACUAUUGUUAGAGAUGAUCAGAGAUCCCGAAUUUCCCCACUCUUGGGAUGCCAAUGGCAAUACCAUAUUACACAUAGCUGUUUUCAAUAAGCGUUCUGAGAUUGUCAAACAUGUACUUAAUAGUACUGAAAUAAAUGUGAAUGCAUUUAAUGAAGCUGGGUGGACGGCGAUGGAUAUUAAUUUCUUUGUGCAAAGUCGUCAUGAUGAAGAAGUGGAUCCUUGUAUCCAGAACUUGCUAGGUGCAGCUGGGGCUAAAAGACGAACACAUAUGUUGGUUUUAACUCCGUCUCCAAGGGCAAAGAAACUAAUGCCGACAUUAAUGGUUGUAUCAUCAUUGUUUGCAACAAUGGCAUUUCAAGUGGGGGUGAACCCUCCGGGUGGUGUUUGGCAAGAAGAUUCAGAAGACCACUUAGCCGGAAAAGCUAUACUUGCGUAUAAAUAUCGGAAAUCAUAUUCGUGCUUCAUGUAUUUCAACACGGUAGGAUUCCUUCUAUCUUUGUUUUUAAUCUUAUUGCUCCUAGUAUCUGUUGUGCCAGCGCCAAGAAGUCAUUGGGGGUGGGUUCUACCUAUAACGUCGGUUAUGACGAUCAUGACCACAGCAUUUGCUUAUACAUAUUCCGUCAUUGUUGUCUCACCGAAGCAUAUGGCAGCUGAAAUUAUAAUCAUUUUGGCUUCUGUGAUCGUGUGGGCCUAUUCGAUGUUAAGUUUUGCGGGAGAGGCCGCGAUUAUGCAUGCACCAAAGAAGGCCAGGGAAAGGAUUUCAAGAAUAUUUAGGGCUAGGCCGAGACUUCUUCCAAAUGCAGUUGGCGAGAACGUGUCCAGUACUGUUUGAUCUUUUUCAUGCUCAUGCUUGUACCUCUCUCUCUCUCUCUCAGGUGUCCAGGUCAACUUAUGGUUACCUCGACUAGUCCUGAGAGUCAAAUAUCACCACAAACUUGCAGAGGGUCUAAAAUAAAGUCAGACCAAAGCUUAUAUGCAGCUUCAUUCUCGGAAAGUACUAUAGGACACGUUUCUAUUUGCAUGUAUAUGGUAUAUGCGUACCUAUUUGUACUUUGUGGUCAUCCUGCAAAUUUAUGGUACUCAUGUCAUGUAUUUAUGUUAUACGUG